AUGGGCGCCUCAGAAGACACAACAACCGCCUCCUCAGAGUCGGACAACCCCCGUCUCUCCAAUGAACUCGCCGACCCAGAGAAGCAGCAACUCCCAGCACAAGAAACCACCGUCCCUCCCCCCUAUUCCAUCUACACAACAUGGCAGAAGCGAAUGCUGGCUCUCGGAGCCGCCUGCACGGCAUUCUUCUCGCCCAUGUCAGCCCAGAUCUACCUGCCAGCCUUGACACAGCUGUCCGAAGAGCUCCACGUGUCGAGCACGCAGAUCAACCUCACCAUCACGACUUACAUGAUCUUCCAGGGCAUCACGCCAAUGGUCCUCGGGUCGCUGGCGGACAGCGGCGGCAGGCGGCCGGCCUACAUCAUCUGCUUCGUGAUAUACAUUGCCGCCAACAUUGGCCUUGCCCUGGCUCCCAACUACGGCGCCAUUCUCGGCCUUCGAUGUCUUCAGUCUGCCGGAUCCAGCACAACGGUGGCAUUGUGCAUGGCCGUCGUGGCCGAUGUCAUCACCUCAGCUGAGCGAGGCCAAUACGUCGGCUACACCGUCGUCCCCGUCGUCCUCGCCCCAGCCAUCGGCCCCAUCCUCGGCGGUGUCCUUGCCCAGGAACUCGGCUGGAGGUCCAUCUUCUGGUUCCUCGUCAUCUUUGCGGGAGUCACUGUCGUCCUCCUGUUCAUGUUCCUCCCCGAAACGUGCCGCCACAUCGUCGGCGACGGCUCCAUCUACCCACCGCCGCUGUACAGGUCAGGAUGGCAGAUGCUCACCUCUCACCGGAACAAGGACCGCGCGGCUCCCCCGCCGGAAAACACCUUCAAGUUCAAGCCGCCCAACAUCCUGGGCUCUCUCAUCAUGCUGCUGGAGAAGGAGACCGGGCUGCUACUCGGGAGCAGUAGCCUCGUCUUUGCAGGCUUCUACUGCAUCUCCGCUGCCAUGCCCACCUUGUUCAAGGAUUCGUAUGGCUAUGAUGAGAUCACAGUGGGCUUGAUGUACCUGCCGCUGGCCAUGGGCUCCGUCCUCGCUGCUCUGAUUGUUGGUCCGGCCAUCAACAGGAACUACAAGCGAUACUGCCAGAAGCUCGACAUCCCCCUCGACCGCAGCCGCCAGCAGGACCUGUCCGACUUCCCCAUCGAGCGCGUCCGUCUCGAGGUCGGCCUCCCCCUGCUCUGCCUCAGCGGCCUCGCCCUCAUUGGCUGGGGCUGGGCCAUGAAUUACGCCGUCCACGUCUCGGUGCCGUGCAUCCUGAGCUGCAUCAUGGGCAUGGGCAUGAUUGGCUUCAACAACACGACCAACACGCUGCUCGUCGACAUCCAUCCCGGAAAGGCCGGGACGGCGAGCGCGGCGAACAACUUCUCGCGGUGUCUGGUAGGCGCUGGAGCGACGGCGGCGAUUGUUCCCCUGAUGGACGCCAUCGGGGUGGGUUGGUCGUUUACCAUGCUUGGUGCUAUUUACAUUGUCUGUUGCUUGCCGCUGAUGGUCAUCAUGGCAAAGGGCAUCAGGUGGAGGGCUGAGAAAAAGGCCAAGCAGGAGCAGAAGCAGGAGAGGAAACAGGAGCGGAAGCAGAAGAAGGAGGAAUCCAAGUGA